AUGGCCGAGUCAAGCACCAGCACAGGGUCCGACGCGCCCCAGGCACCUGAAGACAUGGGAUCCUCGAGAAACGAGCAACAUUGGCCUCUGGGUGAUUUGGUCGUCGACGGGCUCAACGGUCUCGAGAAACACAUGCGCGAUCCAACCGUCAAUCCAGAUCCGUUCCUCAGGUCUCCAUUUUCGGGAGCCACCAAGAAUGACCAGCAUCUCCAAGAAUUCAAAUUCUUUCGGUUAGUUGGCCUGCGCUAUCGGAUCAAAGAGGUCUGUGGCCCAGUUAACGGGAUUUCCAUCGCUGGAGUGGCGCUCAUUCAACGCAUGCAAUGCUCAACAAAAGUGAACAUGACGUCCUCUUGUUUAUUGGCAAUCGAGCUGGCGAUCGGAUGGUUAGAGGGAUCGGAGUUUGACCUUGUCCAGCAUCACUGGUCAGACCCGAGGCGGCGCAUCGACGAGUGUCUGGAACAAAUGAGCUCCGACCAGCUGAAAUCGCUAGGCGAAUUGGCCUCCGUCGUGGCUGUUCAUCUCCGCUGCCUCAUCAUGGCGGUGGCCCUCGGCAAAGAUAUCUAUGGUUUCACUAGUUCCACUCACCGAGAGAUGGCCAAACGGCUCGCGGAGUGUUUUGAAGCUGCUUUAGCUCUGAUACGCCUUCAUUUUCUUCCUCUGGUUCCGGACACCGAUGGUUUUCCAGGCCAAAACUACUACAAGGCCUGGCUUACUACCUGGCACACUCAGCUCGCGUUGGCCAUCCAACUCUUUAUUGAGAGUGUCGACCUAUAUUUCAUCGACGAUGACUUGUAG